AACAAUUUUGACAAAAUUUCGUUUUGACCACUUUGGAUUUCUUUUCGAAAUAAAGAGAAUUUGUAUUUUAUUACUGUAUUGUUUUUGCAUAUUGUUAGUACUAGGCUGUAUUUAGAUUAUUAUUUUUAAACGAGGUGGUCUCUAUUUAUGUGAUAGAAAUGUGGGUGGACACCCUUGUUAGCUAAGUAGGAUUUUCUGGUGUCAUGUACAUAAAAUUACGAAUAUUACUUGAUGAUGUAAAAUGAAGGGUGUAGAUAGUUCUCCAGCAAAUAAAGAAGGGAUGACAAAUAAACCAAUAAUAACAUGCGCGGGAGACUGGAACUUGUUCUGUACGUUAGAAGCCCCUUUGGUUGCUGCAAUACCACAGGAUUCCUGUGAGUGGAGGAGGUCAUAUGGGCGCAUCACAAAAUUUGUUUAUCUGGAAUCCUCAUUUAUCAAAUAUAAUAAGGAUAAAGUACAAUCUGAACUGAAUUUGUUAAAACGUCCUAUUUUUCACAUUUAUUGGACUGACUGUGUGGAUAUAGAAUAUUACAAAACAACACUUAGGGAAGAUAUAGAAAUAUGGUUCAAACAACUAGAGAAAAACAAUAUAACAGAUUGGAUGAUAGUUUUAGUGGAGACUUAUGAUAUACGAAAGACAAACAAAUUAUUACCGAGAACAACGGUACUUGAUAAGAUUAAAGGUGAUUUUGCUGUAAAGCAAACAGAAGAUAGAUUUAUUUCCGUUAUAAAUCCAAUUAAAUCGGAGGCAAGAAGUGCUGAAUCAUGGAGAGCAUUGGUGGCAAAGAUCAGGCAUUUUGUUCUGGUGGCAUACAAUAAAGCAUUAAAUAAGUUUGAGGAGUAUAUGAGAGAACAAAGGGAGAGGCGAAAUGAUCCAGAAUGGGAUUUUUGUAAAUAUUUCAUUUUGCAGGAGCAAUUAGCUUUUGUGCUGGAAAUGCUUGGUUUAUAUGAAGAGGCUCUAGUCCAGUAUGACGAAUUAGAUGCACUGUUCUCUCAAUUUGUUCUCAAUUCCAAUAUAACAGAAAGUCCAAAAUGGCUUGACACAUUCAAGCAACAGAUAACCUCCUGGCAGGCCAUUAGACUGACACCCACAGUGCCACAACAUUUACGGGAACUUAUAAUUAAGCAGAAAGCCUCUCUAUUAGACUUUAGAAGCUAUUUAUUUAUACGACAAAGUGCCAUGUUGUUACUUACUGAUAAGCCUGAAGAGAUAGCAUCCCGCUGUCUCACAACUGUACAUAACACAUUAGUCGAGUUACUAUUGCUAAACGCGCAAUCGAUAGAUGGCGCCGCUGCGUGCUGGGCGCAUCUCGCGUGCGUUGAGACGUUGCGAGUGUGCGAGUCGUGUACGGACAUGCAGGCGCCGUUGUUGCAUAAUGCUAAGGAUAAGCUGCACAUAUUAGGCAAGCUCUGCGGUCUGCUGCCCGGUUCCCCUGAACCAACAUCAGAACAACUACACCUUGUAGUUAUGUUAUCAGCGGGGAUGGGGGACACUGAGAACAAUAAUAAGCAAUCGCCCACAGUGCGGUUGAAAGAAGCCCUCGGCAGCAAGACCUGCUUCCAGCAAUAUUACUUAGAGCUAGCUGAAUUAGCCAUGGGCACAUAUAAGCAUAUCGGGAGACUGAGAUUCGCACGACAAAUAGGAAGAGAUUUAGCGGCGUUCUAUUCAGAAUUAGGGGAGACUAGCAAAGCAGUAGUGUUCCUUGUUGACGCGCUACGAUCUUAUGAGGAACAAGACUGGAGAGAACUUGCUGCACAGACCCGACUCGAAUUGGUCGCCGCUGCUAAGAAAAUGAACGAUUUUGACAGAUAUACCACACUGUCGGCCAGAAUAGCAAGCACUGCCGAAUUAGAGAUUCUAGUCAGACACUUCUAUUUUGAAGAGAUGAUGAAAUCCAUCAAAGAGAAUCUCGCUGAAAAAGAUUCCGUUCAAACCGAGCUCAAUGAUUGUUUUCGGAUAAUCUCAGCAACUUUACUGCCGUCCGAACGUGGUGUUUACAUCACUGAUAAUAAGGUUGAAUGUCGCUUGGUUGUGGAGAGCUUCCUGCCGAAGGACGUAGUUUGUACUCGGUCAGCGAUCUGCAUAGAUAUAUACGAAGACAAGCAGACGGACAUACGGACACCGGUUAAGAACUAUAAGACUGAUUUAAGUAGUGUAGGUACACAGGCUAGUCCGAAGAAGUCGAAUGAUGACGUCACACCUAGUAAUUUUAUCACGAGUAUAAGACUGGACGAUUUAAAACCUAAGAAUCCUCUACUAGACCCUAUGCACAUAACCUCGAAAUUACACUACAAAGAAGACAAAUCCCUCCAGAAAGCGACAGUCGAAUGUCAAAACCCAAAGAUGAUUCUCAAACGAUCAGAUAGUGGGAAAUACAGAAAACCAUCGGCUCCGAUACGAACGAAUUAUGACCAUUGUUUUACAAAUGAAAAUAUUAUAAUUCGCCCAGGUGUAAAUGACAUUGUAUUGGAGUGCAUAGCAGAUAAAUGUGGGGCAUUCAAACUUGGUCUCGUUUGCUUAUUGAUAGAAGGAAAAUUGGAGUUUAUCUCCAAUGCGUUGGUUAAUACCAGAAUGGGUUAUGAGGUGGUGACACAGGGUGUGAGUGUUUAUUUGAACAAGGUGGAGCCAAAGAAGGAUUUGGUCGCUGGCUUGGAACACGAUAUGGAAUUGGUUGUCAGUAACGGAAGUUCUAGAUUGCAAGAGAACACAAUCCACUUGAGAGCGUCCACAGGGCUGCACCUUCGUUACGGCGCCAACGCGGCGCUGUCCCGCGAGCUGACCAUUCCACUGGAAGCAGCUGAACCCUUCCACACCAGCAAGAUACCGUUGAGACUGUUCGCUGUUCUGAUGCCGAAGAGAGAGAAGAGCAUAGAACACACGGUAUGGAUAACCUGUCCAUGGCUAGAAUCAGUAAUGGAAGUGCCCCUCCACUUCUCCCCCCCAAUGAUAGCGGCAUGGAAGCUCCUAACAUCGAACACUAGGAAAUUCGUCCACGUCACACUCAAGUCGACUGUCGCCCAUUUCAUUCAGUUCAUAUUAACGGAGCCUAAGUUAGAGUGUGACGGCAAUACAACGGUGUCCGAUUUGAAUCCGAAGAGCUGCGAGAAUAUGAGAGUAGCCUCCGACGGUACCACCGCAUCAUUCAUGUGGGAGUUACUCAAGGAUCCCCUCGUCAAGGCUGGACCGAUGAAAGCCAAUUUCACAGUACAAUACCGGCUAUUGGAAGAGCACAUUUCUAGAACGUUCGCUUGUCCAUUUGAUAUACAAGAUUGUACGACUUUGUUUGUAAUCAGAACUAAAUUGGAACCCGGCAAGGGCUCGGACUUCUGUAGGGCGAGUCAAGUAUGCUGCUUGCAUUUGAAUGUGCAACGGGUAAAUGAAACCGAAUACACGUCAUUGAUGUACGAAGUGUUGGCAGAUCAGACCAUGUGGGCUGUUUUGGGGAGGACUGCUGGUGUAAUAUCAAUGGAGAUGAACGCGGGUGAACCACAAUGCGUCACGUUAGACGUCAUGCCCCUAGUGGCCGGCUACCUACCGCUGCCCACUGUGCGCCUGUCCAAAUACAUCGCCGCUAAUACCAAAGACCCAAAAAAGGAUAUAUCUGCCCACCCCCGGCUAGAACCGUUCAGUCCGGGGCAAGUGUACCACGCGGGGAAGACCAAACAGGUGCACGUGCUCGCACCAGCACCGAAGGAGCACCUGGAUAUCACUGUUUAGUGCAUGUCAUUGAUGUAAGGUGAAGUGUGACGUUGUACAAGCAAAGUGAUUGGUCUAAAGUGAGGUGUGACGUCAUAAAGGAAACAAUCCGUAUAAAACUGUUUGGUGUGAUAAUGGUGAUGUCAUAGAAUAUCCAAAUGAAAAUUAUUUGCAUAAGACCUCAGUAUGUUUCUGUUUACUGAUCAUGAUUGAUUUAAAGCAAAUGUUAAAAUCAUAUGGGAAUCCCUUAAUAAAAUAAAUAUUAGUCAUAGUGACAUCAAAGGGGAUUGAAUAUCUAUAUUGAAAUUGUAAAUUGAAAAUUAAAAACUAUCAACUGACAAAUCAAUCCUUUGGUUUCAUGUGGACACUGAUAUAUUACAUGGAUAUGGAAAUAUGUACACAUACAAAACGAAACACCUAACUAUUGUUGCAUAAUAUAAAGAGUUGGUGAUUGAACAGCAGGUAUGUAUGUAAAAUUUAAAUAAGCAUUAACUUGCUUAAGAACCUUUUAUCAAUUUUCAACAAAAAUGGUACACUUUAUAUGGAUGUAUUUAUUUAUUGUCAAAUACAAAGACAAUUGUUUCAUGUAGUGAAUAAAUUUAAACUUGCUAGGUUUUGCCCUUUAUCGCCGCACUUCAAAGAAUUUUACAUUAUUUUAGUUAACUUUGAAAAUGAACGUUUAAUUUGGUUAAGUUUCAAGCUAUUUUAUCAUUCCAGAAAUAAUUAUCUCUUAGAGGAGUUUAUUAUAACUAAAUUCAAAAUCAAUGUGAUCUUUCACUUGUACUACCACUGUCUUGUCCUUCCUUUUGCUAACAACCUUUCUAGCAACUAUAUGCUUGUCAAAGUCUUUGAGUUAUAGCUGUUGUUGGAACAAUCAAAAUUUUAAAUAAUCCUUAAACACAAGGUAAAUGCCCAUCACCAGAACUGACAUUCAGAUCCUAUGACAUACAGAGAUGCUCAACGAAUAUAAGACUUAGCAGUCAUCUAGUCUGACCCCAAUUCAUUGUUGCUUAACUCAAAGUUUAGUUUAAGCAAGGAUUGCUUCAACAUAGUAAAUAGCCACUUUAAAUCGCAAACAACUUGUGUCUCUUAUUUUUGACAUACAU